GUCUUCUUCUGAGCCAUGAAGAGUUGUCUAUUUCUUUCAGGAAGUUGUCUUCCCUCGAUGUUACUGGUCUUCCACACUCUUUUUCUGAUUUCGAUUACACACGCGUAUACAGCUCUCUCUGACAGCUUCUUGCAAAGCAUAACAUCCCCAGACGCGGACUUCAAUCCUGAGAAUGGGACUCUGCUCUCUCCGAUUUUGAGGCCCAGAGUUCCUGGCACGGCAGGACAUUCAGCUGUCCAGCAUCAUUUCGUUGAUUGGUUCAGCGAUGAAUUGCCAAGAUGGAGGAUGGAAUGGUACAACUCGACCUCAACGACAGCGGCAGGUGCUGAAGUUCCAAUUUCUAACCUUGUUUUCCAACGAGAACCGCCUUGGACGAAGACAGGACAAGCCAAUUGGUUGACUCUGGCAGCACAUUACGACAGUAAGAAUGUGCCAGAAGGAUUUGUUGGGGCGAUGGAUAGUGCUGUCCCUUGUGCCAUAUUGAUGCAUGUCGCACGGUCGAUAGAUCGCUAUGUGACCCAAAUGCAUGAUGAGAUGGAUGCAUUGGGAGAAGGAGGAACAGUGCCAAUGGAUAUGGGUAUUCAGAUAAUGUUUCUUGACGGGAAGGACAGCUUUGAUGGCGAGGCGCCGGCGUUAUAUGGGUCAAGGGCGCUCACCAAGAACUGGGAGAUGAAGUCUAACCUCAUGCCGUUGAGAUACCCCAAUGCUUUGAGCCAAGUCAGCAUGUUUGUCUUACUCGACGUUCUGGGAUCCGCAAACCCCACGAUCCCCUCAUACUUCCCAACAACACACUGGCUGCACAGAAAUAUAGCGAAUCUCGAGACCCGAAUGCGCAAGAUUAACGUCCUCGAGUCGCGUCCGUCUUCGGCAUUCAUACCCCAGUCGAACGAUAUACUUCCACAAUCCGAGCCAGUAGACGACUACGUGCCUUUCAUGGAGCGAGGUGUGCCGUGUUUUCACCUGAUGCCAUCAUCUUUACCCUCGAAUCGGCACACAAUUAAUGACGACGGCGAGCACCUUGACAUGCCCACUGUCAGAGACUGGGCGAAGAUUGUUACAGGUCUUGUUAUGGAAUGGCUAGACAUGAUGGAAGUGUGGCCAGAGUAGGAG